AUCAUCACUGAUCGUGCAGAAAUUCCGCUUCAUCGAUCUUUCUCUCCCUCUUACCAGCGAAAUGUCCGUAGACCUCAAAAAACUCGAAGAACAUCUCGCUUCUAGGUCCUACAUUGAAGGUGUCUCGCCUUCUCAGGCUGAUGUUCACGUCUUCAAGGCGAUUUCCAACCUCGAUCAUUCUGCUUAUCCAAACGUAAGGAGAUGGCACAAGCACAUUGACUCCUACGCCGCGGAGCAUGCUUCUCUUUCAGGAUCCAGCAAGGCUGGAGAGGCAUUUUGUGGAUUAGCAGGUGCUGCCUCAGGUGAGGCUGCUGAGGAAGAUGAUGACAUUGAUCUUUUCGGCGACGAUGAGGAAGAAGAUGCUGAAGCCGAGCGUAUCAAGGCUGAACGUGUUGCCGAGUACAACCUUAAGAAAGCUAACAAACCCAAGACUAUCGCCAAGUCCGUCGUUACCCUCGAAGUCAAACCAUGGGAUGACGAAACAAACAUGGAGGAGCUAGAGCAAGCCGUCCGUGCUAUAGAGCAAGAUGGAUUGGUCUGGGGUGCUAGCAAACUUGUCCCUAUUGGUUACGGUAUUCGCAAACUUCAGUUGACCCUUGUCGUAGAGGACGAGAAGGUUUCGAUGGACGAACUCCAAGAGAAGAUCCAAGAAAUCGAAGAUUACGUCCAGAGCACAGAUAUUGCUGCCAUGCAAAAAUUGUAGAUAUAAAGUUUCAGUUCAAGCUUACCACACCCUGUGCCCCUACGCUGUAUCAAUCAUAUCAUGAUAUAAAUUGUAAGCUACCUCUAUUGGUCACUUUGAGACUCCCAUAGAGUCGAUCAGGAACACCUGCCGUCGUGAUAUGUUUUGUUUUCUCGUGAGAUCCCAAUAUAUAUGCCGG